UUGGGUUUCUUGGCUAUGUCUAUAGAACCUUCAUCAAGCUCCGUUGUUGUCAUUGAUGGACAAUCCAAAAAUUCUAGGAAACCCAAAUAUUCUAAAUUCACUCAGCAAGAACUUCCUGCAUGGCAACCAAUUCUAACACCAGGAUGGGUCAUUUCAAUAUUUACAGUUAUAGGACUCGUCUUCAUCCCCAUUGGUCUUGCUUCAUUGUUUGCAUCAGAGCGUGUGGUGGAAGUUCCAUUCCGAUAUGAUGAUCAAUGCCUUCCAUCUGUUUAUAGAGACCGUGCAGAGGCAUAUAUUAAGGACGAUAAGACAAACAAAACUUGCACCAGGACAUAUACUGUUAAGAAUAAAAUGAAAGCCCCUGUUUAUGUCUAUUAUCAGCUUGAUAACUUUUACCAGAACCAUCGCCGAUACGUUAAAAGUAGGGAUGAUAAACAACUGAGGAGCAAAGCAGCUGAGAAUGAUGUAAGCUCAUGUGGUCCAGAAGACUAUACCCCUGAUGACAAGGGUCAUCAACCAAUUGUUCCUUGUGGCCUUAUUGCAUGGAGCCUGUUCAAUGACACGUACAGACUUUCAAACAACAAUAAGGAUAUGGUGAUCAACAAAAAGAACAUAGCAUGGAAGAGUGACCAAAAGGCGAAAUUCGGGUCUGAUGUUUAUCCAAAAAAUUUUCAGGCUGGAGGUUUGAUUGGGGGUGCUAGACUUAAUGAGAGCGUACCUUUGAGUGAACAAGAGGAUCUCAUUGUUUGGAUGCGAACGGCAGCAUUGCCCACUUUCAGAAAAUUAUAUGGAAAGAUUGAGAAUGACCUUGAAGUCAGUGAUGAAAUAAUGAUAGUAAUAGAGAACAAUUAUAAUACAUACGCGUUUGGAGGCAGAAAGAGCUUGGUGCUUUCAACCACAACUUGGAUUGGUGGAAAAAAUCACUUCUUGGGGAUGGCAUAUAUUCUCAUUGGCGGGAUUUCCUUGUUGUUGGCUGUAGGUUUCCUACUUCUGUAUGUGAUGAAGCCAAGACCUCUUGGGGAUCCAUCAUACUUGUCUUGGAACAGAAAUCCAGGAAGCUUAAAAUGAUAUGUGAAAAGUCAUGAUUUCACAAUUCACCAUUUCCCAUGUCUCAAGAAAGGGAUCUGCCACGAAGCUUGUACUUGGCUGAGUUGAAGAACCUUAAUCUUUGAUGUAUCAUAAACUUUUGUCACUACUAACGUAUGGCUAGAUAUAAACCUGUCAUUUCGAGAAUUACUUAAUGAUAAUGUUUUAGAUUUGAUAUGGACUGUCAUAUAACAUUAUGUACCACAUGAGUCUUAUA